ACACCUUAUCCAACCAACAACACCCUCCCAAAAACAAAAGGUCUAAAAAUUGGCAUAUGCCUGCCUUCUUCAUGGAUCCUCUUCCUUCCCUCCACAACCUUGUAAGCUUUACACCAAAACAAACAACUUAAUCUCACCACACUCCCCAAAACUUGCCAAUUAUCAUCACCAUAAAAACCUCCAUUAAAACCAUAACAAUGGCUUCUUCCAUUACAAGACCAACAACCUUCUCAUUCCACCCUACUUCACCUUCUCCAACAAAACCCAGAACUCAUUUCAUCAUAUCACCAAUCAUUUCCCCUAAAUCCUACCAAAAUUACGCCAUCAAGGCGAACCCGAAUCGCCUCGAUUUCGCCCGAAAAUCAAUUGAUGUGUCAAAAGAAGAUAAACCCACUUCAGAACAGCCAAAUUUGGAUAAACCCAUUUCAGAGGAGCUCUAUUUAGAGGAACCAAGUUCAUCAGAUACAGAUAGUUUGGAUAAACGAAGAUUGGAAGAGAAAUUCGCUGUUUUAAACACUGGGAUUUAUGAGUGUAGAUCAUGCGGGUAUAGGUAUGAUGAAGCUGCAGGUGAUCCAAGCUACCCUGUGCCACCAGGGUUGCCCUUUGGGAAGCUGCCUGAGGAUUGGAGGUGCCCUACUUGUGGGGCCGCAAAGGGGUUUUUUGUGAGUAAGAGUGUAGAGAUUGCUGGGUUUGCGCAAAAUCAACAGUUUGGACUUGGGGGUAAUUCUCUCACUUCUGGUCAGAAGGCUUUGUUUAUUUAUGGUAGUUUGUUCUUGUUCUUUUGCUUGUUUUUAUCAGGCUACUUUUUGCCAUAGUUUUAUUCUUUAUAAUUUUAAUGUAGUUUUUGUGUAAUUGUUAUACUAUUGAUAUGAGUACAGAGGAAAAAGGAGUUCAAGAAUGGAUAAUUUGGUAGUAGAUUGUUAUAUGUGUGCAAUGAUGAUGGAGUUAUUUUGUUUUGUGUUUUCAA